UUUCUUGCCAUAUUUCGCCUCCUACUGUUCCUCACCGACGACUGCUACUUGCAACACCCCAGACCCCCAGUCAAGCUUAGAUGCUGGGAGAGCGAGCGGUAGCAGAGCGAGUGAUUGAAGUCUGCCGUAUUUCUCGCGCGAGCCCUGGCUCUAAUGCCUCAACCUCGUGAGAGAUGAGCCAAGGCAAAAGGAGAGUAAGGAACCGAGAAAGAAGUAGGAGAGGCGAGAGAGAAAGUGAGCAGCGGAGAGGUGUACGGGGGAGGGAGAAGGGAAGGGUGGAAGUGGAGAUAAGGAGAACAGAGGGGCAGGAGAUAAUAGUGUAACAGUCGUUCCUGUUCAGAAGAAAACGACAAGGGAUAAAAGUGCUCGCAGUCCUACUCACCCUCCUCCUUUCCCGCGCGCUUGUCUCGUUACUCUACUCUCUCCGUCAACCUUUGAACUUCGAAGUUCGCUCGUCCCUCUGCCCUCGCCUCUUAUCCUCGCCCUCCCAGGGCGAAGCUAUCCGGUCGCCCCCCUGAUCCACCCUUCCACGUGCCUGCCGCCAGCGUGGCUUGUGCGCACGGCGGGGGUAACGUCUGCGGACGUUGGAACGCAGCCGCUGCGACUCUAGACACAACUCGUGGGAGGAGCGUAUGAAGGCCACCGCUGCGUUUACGCUUGAACCCUUCGCUCGACUCUCGCCCUAUGAUCCUCCCCACCCGCAUGCCUGCUUGCUUCCACACCCAUCUCCAUUUGCAGCACCCCCAGCAGCGGCAGCAGCGGCAGCAGCGGCAGCAGCAGCAGCAGCAGCAUGGAUGCACCCAGUGCGGCAGCAGCGUCACCGUCACCAGCUGCAGCAGCAGCAGCGGGCAGCAUGACAUCAUUCCCUGCGGCGCAGGCCUUGCCCGUACCUGCCAGCGCCAUGUCUCCCGCCUACCACCUCCUCUACUCGCAACUCGUCGCCGCCUCUGCUGGCCCUCACCAGUGCACAUCCCCAUCCGCCCCAUCGGCCCCAUCAGCGCCUUCAGCCCCCACGCCCAUGUGGCCCCAUCUGUCGCCGUCCCCCGCCCUGCCCUCCGCAUACUUCCCCUUCAGCCCGCCCGCCGCCGAUGGCCUGCCGCCCUUCCCCUUCACCCCGCCGCCACACGUGCCUGCGCCCUCCACGCCCCACCCGGCAGCGUCAGGCGCCGGCGCCGCUGCCUCUGGAGGCACCGCAGCGCAGGCGGCAAGGCGGCCGCACGCAGGUGACGGCUCCAGUGACCUGGGCAGCAGCCGCGACGGCGGUGGCACGGGCGUGGGCGCGGGUGGGGAAGCUGAAGCUGUGGAGCCGGCGUUGGCGCGGCGCACGACGACCAGCCUCUCCCUGGCGGCCGGCUUCCACUCCACCUCGCCCGCUGCUGCCGCCGCUGGAGGCAGUGCGCUGCCGCCCAGCGAGUGGCGGCAGCACCACAUGGCGCAGCAGCAAGAGAUGGCGCAGGGGGAACCGUUUGCUGGUGGCCAAGGGAAUGCAAACUCGGCUUACCUCACAGAUCUGCUGCAGCAGGCGCAGGCGCAGCUGGCGGACUUGGACCAGGCGGGCGCCAACCUGCGCCUGCUGGGCCUCACCCUGCCCUCCGCCGACCCCUCCCUGCCUCUAAGCCACCCGCCCGCACCAGGCCCCCACUCCGCACAUCUCCACACCCAAUCACUAGCGCAGCAGCAGCAGCAGCAGCAGGGGGCAUCGGGGCAGGGCGUGCAGCUGCCCCUGCAGGUACUCAUGCAGCUGCACGGCCUCGUGCAGACCCCCCCCGCCACCGCCCACCCUCCCACGCACCCCUUUGCCGCCCACCAGCAGCAGCAGCAGCAGCAGCAGCAGCAACAGCAGCAUUCCCCAGCACAGGUGGCGCAGGCACUGGCUCUGGCGCUGGGGGCCGGGGGGGAGGGCGCACUCGAGGGGCAGGGCGUGGGGCGUGGGGGGCUGGAUGUGGGCGCGGGCAUGAUGGGGAGAAACAGCUUCGCCUUGGGGAGUGGCGCUGGGGAGGAGAGGAGUGACGGCAGCUACCCACACAGUUCCCUGCGUGCUCUGCUCUCCCUCUCUUCCCCUUCCAACCCACACCGCCCCUCCUCUCCCAUUCACCCUGCCCCUCUGAUCGCUCCUUUCCCUCAUUCCUCCCCCCCCCUCUCCCCCCCCUCUGCAGCCGCCGUCCGCCUUGUCCCCUCAGUCCGCCCCAUCGCCCUCCGUCCCCCUGCUCUCCCCGCGCGCGCCUCGCUUCAGCCCCAGCGGCGCACACCGCCCAGUGGGAAGGGCACUAGGUGCAGCAGGCACAGGGGAGGAGGGGGUGCGGGGCCGGCAGAGAGGGGGAGGCGGGGGUAGGGGGUCGAGUGUGAGCGGGGGCGGCAACGGCAAGCGGCAGGCACGAGCGGCGGCGGUGGCAGAUGGCGUGCUGUGCAAGGUGCGCGCCAAGCGCGGCUGCGCCACCCACCCUCGCUCCAUCGCCGAACGGGUGA